ACGGCGUCCUCAGAUCAGAUGCAGACAGACACAGGACUGAAGAGGAAGAGAUGAGCAGAGUUUCCUCCACACACGCAGCUAAAUUGACCAGAAGGGAAUUCAGCAGAGACCAAUCAACCAACAGUCCAGUACAUCAAGAAGAAGACGAAUGAAGAUCUGUCUCCAGAGAGAAGCAUCAACCUGUUCCACUGUCUGAAUGAACUGAAUGAUCGUUCUCUAGUGGAGCAGAUCCAACAGUCCCUGAGUUCAGGAAGUCUCUCCACAGAUAGUCUCUCUCCUGCUCAGUGGUCAGCUCUGGUCUUCAUCUUACUGUCAUCAGGAGAAGAUCUGGAUAUGUUUGACCUGAAGAAAUAUUCUGCUUCAGAGGAGGGUCUUCUGGGGCUGCUGCCAGAGGUCAAAGCCUCCAACAAAGCUGUGCUGAGUAGCUGUAACCUGUCAGAGAAAAGCUGUGAAGCUCUGUCCUCAGUCCUCAGCUCCCAGUCCUCUAGUCUCAGAGAUCUGGACCUGAGUAACAACGACCUGCAGGAUUCAGGAGUGAAGAACCUGUGUGCUGGACUGAAGAGUCCACACUGUGAACUGGAAACUAUUAGGCUGAGCGGCUGUAAGCUGUCAGAGAAAAGCUGUGAAGCUCUGUCCAAAGUCCUCAGCUCCAAGCCCUGUAGUCUGAGAGAGCUGGACCUGAGUAACAACGACCUGAAGGAUUCAGGAGUGAAGAAGUUGUGUGAUGGACUGAAGAGUCCACACUGUGAACUGAAAACUAUUAGGCUGAGCGGCUGUAAGCUGUCAGAGAAAAGCUGUGAAGCUCUGUCCAAAGUCCUCAGUUCCAAGCCCUGUAGUCUGAGAGAGCUGGACCUGAGUAACAACGACCUGAAGGAUUCAGGAGUGAAGAACCUGUGUGCUGGACUGAAGAGUCCACACUGUGAACUGGAAACUAUUAGGCUGAGCGUCUGUAAGCUGUCAGAGAGAAGCUGUGAAGCUCUGUCCUCAGUCCUCAGCUCCCAGUCCUCUAGACUGAGAGAUCUGGACCUGAGUAACAACGACCUGCAGGAUUCAGGAGUGAAGAACCUGUGUGCUGGACUGGGGAGUCCACACUGUAAACUGGAAACUCUCAGGCUCUCAGGUUGUCUGGUCACAAACAAAGGCUGUGCUUCUCUGACUUCGGCUCUGGUCUCCAACUCCUCCCAUCUGAGAGAGCUGGACCUGAGCUACAACCAUCCAGGAGACUCAGGAGAGAAGAUGCUGUCUGUUCUACAGAAAGAUCCAGACUGGACACUGCACACUCUCAAGUUUGACCAUUGUGGAGAGGACAGGUUAAAACCUGACCUGAGGAAAUCUGAUGUGUAGAGAAGCUCUGACUGGUCGCUGUUACUGGGAGGUCGAGUGGAGAGGAAUUGUUCUUAUAUCAGUGACUUACAGAGGCAUCAGCAGCAGAGGAGAGAGUGAAGACUGUACGUUUGGAGGGAAUGAUCAGUCCUGGAGUCUGAGAUGCUCUGAUAAAGGUUACUCUGUCAGGCACAAUAAGACAAUAACAUACAUCUCCUCCUCCUCCUCCUCCUCCCCCUCCUCCCCCUCCUCCUCCUCUUCUCCCUCCUCCUCCUCAUCCUCCUCCUCC